UUGUGGCGGGUAUGUUUGUGUAAUGAAAUAGCGCUGGCUUAUUCUGACGCAUGGUGAGCUAUAGAACUAAUUUGACAAUUCUCCAAGUCGGACUCCGGUUUCGUCAAGUCACAGGGUGUCCGUUUCUGAUAUACUGUCUAUACCUAGUUCGUUCAUGACCCACCGUGACAUGCGCAACUGUGUGCAAUGAAGUGUAGACGUGAUUAAGAACAGACGUAGCCACUUUGCGACAAGAAAUGGAAAACGUUUUACCCGUUGUCACCCUUUUUUCUGUAAUCAUACAAGCCUGCCAUGCGGCCGACUACUGUUACGGCUCCUACUGCUCCGGCUACUGCUGCGGGACGUUGAACACAUCGUGUUGCAAUUACUACACCUGGGGCAGUGUUGUCGGAUACUCCAUUGGGGGACUCAUUGGCUUCAUCGUCUUUGUUAUCAUCAUCAUCUUCCUCAUCAAAAUAUGCACCAAGACCGGAACACGGGGAAGGGUUGUCAAUCCACAGCCUCAAGCCAAUGUAAUCGUGGUUAGCGGUAUGUAA